AUGUGCCGCCUGAGGCCCAACCUCCGCGCCGUCGACCCCCUUGAGCUGGCCCGAGCCGCAGACGCGCUUCAGUCUCUGCUCGAGCUCCCCAGCCGGCACGAGCUCCAGCGGCGCGUGCUGGUCAACCACCCGCAGCUGCUGACCCAGCCGCCGCCCUCCUGGGAGGCGCACGUGGCCGCGCUGUCGGAAGGCCUCGGUGCGCCGCGCGGCGCGGUGCUGUCGAUGUGCCGCAGGCACCCGUCCCUGCUGUACUCGGACCCAGACUUGGUGCUCAGCAAAAUGGCGGCGCUGCGCGGCCUGCUCGGCGUCGAUGCGGCGCGCGCGGCGCGCCUGGCGCAGAGCUUCCCCAUGCUGCUGAUCAUCGGCGUCGGCAAGCCCGCGGAGCGGCUGGCCGCGCUGCAGGACGGGCUCGGGCUGGAUUGGGAGGCGGUGGCAAAGAUGUGCCUGGUCAACCCUCAGCUGCUGAUCACGCCGGCGGAGACGGUGAUGGCGAACAAGGAGGCGUGGGAGGAGGUCGCCGCGGGCACGGGGCACGUGGCCGACUGGAAGACGGGGCCGCUGCUGCUGACCCAAAAGUCGGCGAAGGUCACCGCGCGCUGGCGGCUGCUGCGGCGGCUCGCGCCGCUGCACGCGCCGUGGGCGGACUGGAUGGCGCGGCGGGGCGGCGCGGGGUCGAUCCUGUUUGGCAGCGAGCGCGCGUGGCUCAAAGUGGAGUUCCUGGCCGGCCGGCUGGCGCCGGAGGGCGCAGGCGCGGCGCCUGCACGGGCAGCAGAGGCGCCCGCCGCGGCGGCGCCGGCCGGUGGAGCGGGGCAGGCGCUGCUGGUGGGAACAGCAGAGGGAGCUGCACCGGCAACUUCGGCGCCAGCAGCAAACACCGGGGCAGCGGCGGAGGGGCGGCCCGGGACGCGGGGUGCGGCAGCGGCAGAUGAAAGUGCGGCUGCGGGGCGCAGCCGCCCGGCAGGGGCGUGGCACGAGCCGGAGCAGCAGACAGUGGACCUACCGGCCAACGGCGUGGCGGCCGGCGGCUUGGCGGCCUCUGCGCGGCCUACGCUGGAGGGCGCGCCCUUGAGCUUACGGCAGCUGGUGGCUGAGUGGUCGUACAUGAACGUCGAAGCGUGGCAGCCGGGAUUCAUGGCGUGGCUCGCCGAGCGGGGGGUCCCCUGCAACGAGCCUGCUGAGCCCGAGAGUGUCGCAGGUGGCAAUGAGGAGGGGCCCAGCUGA